CAUAGCACAAGGCGCGCUCCCGUGCGAUGCGCGCAACAGAUGGAGCUUCUGAAAUGUUUCUGUGGGCGCCAAAUAGGAAGAACCAGAAGAAACCUCCUCAUCCUUCUCAAUUGAACACCCCCCUCAAAACAUGUAGAACAUCAGGCUAGAGUUUUCUCGUCCUUCUUUCCACUUAUGAAGAAGUUAAUAACCCAAUUGCCUUCGUUGGCAUACCAAGAUGGAACAACGUUUUCCCGGGAGCAACCCACUGGCUAAAACCAUGGAGUCAGGGUCUGUGUGCAUUUGGCCACGGAUGGGGCCCUUCCUUUUGGGAGCACUGCAGGUGGCGCCCCCCUCAAAACUUGGCUUGCACUACCUUCGCAAGAUGGCUCUGUAUGUGCGUACAAGGGAUGGCUGCUUCCCGAUUUUAAGUUGGCCUAUGUGGAGACACAUCGCAUGUGGGAAGCUUCAGCUCACAGAAGACCUCGCAUGGCUCUACUUUGAGACCUUUGACCUCCUCACGUCCCGCCCACCAGAGGAGAGACUGGGAUGGGCAGAGGCUCUGUCCCAAUGCUCGGACUCCAAACAGCUUGAACACCAGCGAAGUAAGUUAUUCGUGGACACCUUGAAGUUUCUACUCUUCCUCUACAUCCAGCAGCUAAACCGCGUGUCUCUGCGCACCUCUCUAAUUGGGGAAGAGUGGCCCAGCCCCCGCACUCGCUCUCCCUCUCCUUGCUCUGAGAGGGAGUCGAAGAACAGUUCCCGCAACAAGAACUGGGAUGACCAUGCCCACCUGUCCUUUGUGUACAGUCACCUGGGAGACCUGCUGGAACUGCUGGUAGAACCAGGCCAACUCUCCAGCUCUGGCCAGGCCAUACGAGGCAGUCAGGUGUCCCUGGAAGCUGUGCAGGGCUUGAGCCUCCUGCUAGAGGGCUCAGCGAACCCUGUUAAAGCUAUUCAUCCUGUCCACAAGCUCCUGACCAAAGCUCCGCUGCAGGCGCAAGCGGGCUACUCCAAGCUGAGUCGCUCCUUCCCCCUGCAGCAGCUGCUCACCUGUCUCCGGCAGAACCUCACCGUCAAUCCCUUCGGCAUAACCGCCUGCCUGCACUCGGGGAAGAAACUCACCUGGGCCCAACAGGUGGAGGGCUCCAUGAAGAGGGCCAAGAUAGUGAGGAACACCCACAUGGCUCCAGCUGGUAGCGGGAUGCUGCUGAUGUCCCAGGUCUUCCAACAGACGCUGGCUAAAGACUCGGACAAGCUGACGGGCGCCAACAUAAGAAUACACAGAUGCUCUCACGCCUUUAUAUACCUCUUAUCGCCUCUAAGGUCAGUGAGUGUGGACAAGUGCCGCAACUGCACGCUGGUCUUGGGCCCCGUGGAGACCAGCGUCCACAUCCACUGCUGUGAGGACGUGCGGGUGGUGUGUGUGGCCGGCCGCGUUUCCAUAGGAGCCUCUUCUCGCUGCACCGUCCACACACUGACCCCAACCCGUCCACUGCUGCUGCCCGGGAACACAGGCAUCACCCUAGGGCCUUUCCACACGCACUACCCCAACCUGGAGGACCACAUGGGCAGCGCGGGGCUGGCCGUGGUGCCCAACCUCUGGGAUCAGCCCUUGCUGCUGGGUGUCGACGGCCUUGUACCCCACUCGUUCAGCUCUCCUUCCAGCACAGACUCUUCUACGGGCUGCUACCGGCUCCUGCCCCCGGCAGAGUUCAGCGCUCUGGUGGUGCCUUUCACGAUGGAGGGGGACACGUGCGAGGUGCCGGGUGGGCUGCCUCCAGUGUACCAGGCAGCGCUCGCUCAGAAAGAGAAGAGGAUUCGGAACAUGCAGAGAAUCGUGUCGGAUUCCCAGCUCAAUGAAGAACAACAAAGUCAGUUCCAGGAAUUGGUGACCCAGCACUUCCUGGAUUGGCUUCGAGAUAGGGGUCACAUUCAGGAGCUGUCCAACCUGGCCCCCCAAACCCAGCCUGGUCAGGGCCCCUAUAAUGGACCCUCAGCAGACUCAGAUGGACAGGCCCAACCGGGGGCUAUCGAUGUUAAUGAAGCCCGAAUUAGACACGCAGUGGAGCAGACACAGGUUUCCUCAAGUUAUUACGCAAUAUGUUAACUUAGUAUAGUCUUGUUUGUUUUGAUAAGGACCCCCAGUAUUGGAACACCUCCUGGGUAUUGGGUUUAUUUUUUGUCAAAGGGCUAAUUAACUAUAACAAUUUGGGGAAUUAAGUUUUAAACAUUGAAAACAGAUGAAAUAAAGCCAGAAAUUGAAUAAUUGAUUGUGUAUGAUGUGCUGAAAUUCUAAACAAUUGCAAAAAACAAUUAAUCUAUCCAACAUUAAAAUGUGCUUCACACUGUAUUUAAAAACUGAUAAUUAACUGCAAGCACACUCACUCAUAAAAUGAUUGAUAAUUUUAUGAGUGAGUGUGCAUACUUCUAAAUAGCUGCCAGUAUUUAUGGUACCAAUAUGAUACAAUACCCCUUCUUUGGUAGCACUUUUCUUCCUCCUAUUCACACCCUUAACCUCAAGCAAGCAUGACUCCUAAGUGUCUCCUGAAAUGGCUACCAGAGUUCAAAAACGUAUAAUAGAACAUAACGGUAGAACUAUAAUAAAUAUUAAGGGAAAUUUUCCUUCAGGGUAUACUGAAUGAUAGGGUUUUUAGGUUUAUGUACCUUCUCAGUAUGUAAAUAUGAAGUGCUAAUGUUGCAAAAUGGAUCCUAAAUGCUGUUACUUAUGAAAAUGCUGUCACCUUCUUCCUUAUGACCAGUCUGGGUCACUAUGUCAUUACAAUGGAAAAGUACUGUUUUGCCUUUAUUACUGUAGCAUAGUGAUCAAAAUGACCUUUCCUCUUUAAUUGCACUGCAGCCUCAAAUAACAUAUUCUACGAAUCCUUUUAAUAAAAUACAUUAAAAAAAUGAACAAA